AUGCUUGCACUUAUGGGAAACAUCAGUGAAUUUACCCUUGAAAAGGCACUAGGUGAGCUUCGAGGACGGCGAAAAACUGGAGGAUAUCAAUUAUGGAAAAGGUACAGUAAGGAGAUUGAUAACCAUCCAAUGCCACCUAAAGGAGUCAAAGGCAUUCUGGCCAAAAGGAACCGUGACCUGGGAAAGAUCUGGACUGCUCUUCCGGACGAAGUACAAGAAAUUUUUCAUCCCUCAGUCUUUUACCGUCUUUCUGGUCUUGCUCCACCUCCUAAAGAAGAUACCAACGACGAAGAUGAAGAUGAAGACACAUUUCCUCUCAAUGCCACAGAACUAGCUGAGGCUCAAGUUUUGUACGACGAGGUUGUAAAUAAAUCAAAGGUGGCAAAGGAUUUUGCGAAGGCUUCAGCUGGCAUACCUCAAGGACCCAGCUUACCCGAUUACAACCGUCAAUCACUGAAAUGUAUAGAGCGUAUUCACUCUCAGUUAGAAAACGAAUCGAACAAUAUGAAUUUUGCUUAUUAUCUCCUGGCUUGUAGCACUUAUGCUUCAAGCGAGAGUUCCAACGCGGCCCCAGGCUGGUGUCGAGAGUUCACCACACACGAAGAAAUGGGAAUAUAUGUCAAUAAGAAAAGCAACUUCGCCACGGUAUUUGGAGCACGAGCUCAAGGCCUUUCGGUUGCGGAGGUGGUAGCUCAAACUAUUGGCGGAAAUGUUAUGUCGACCAGUGAAAAGGCCCGGAAACCUGAUGCUGGUGAUAAAGUCAAGAGCAACCUUGCUCUAUUGCUACGAGCCAGUUUCAGUGCGCUUACUGGGAAAGAACAAGGCUUUCCACGUUGUCCCGACCCAGAAUCACUCUUACUCAAAACUUACAACAUCAAAGUGGUCCAAUUGCCGGGUUCAACCCUUCCAAAAGAUGUUUUGAAGCUAGGUUUUAAUGGAAUGAACAGUCGUAGGAGUCUGUGGCUGAGUGAUGUGAAGAAGAACCUAUUCAGAAUGGAAAAGGUGACACCUAACUCACAUGUGGCGGAUUUAGAAACCUUAGGUAACGAGUUGAAUGAUGAUACUGAUGUUCAAGUUAUGAUGACCCAGGAUAAUGAUCAUGAUCUUGAAGAUGAUAUGAUGGAGACUUUGGAGGAGGAGGAGUGGAAUGGCUUUGGUGAUAUUGAUGUGGACGGAUGA